AUGAAUUUGUCAGGAACAAAUUCUUUAUAUUUUAUAGCGAUUUUUAUAUUAUUAAUAAAUCCAUUAUGCUUAUUUUCUUAUAAAACAUUUUCUUAUAAUGAAACUGAACCUGGAUUUCAGGUUUAUCAAUUAUUAACUUAUUAUGACGGAACUUCGGUGGUUUACUUGAAUAAACCGAUAAAUGAAACCUGCAGCGAACCAAGAAUUAUCCUUCGCAUUAUACAUCCAAAUGGCACAGUCGAUAAAGCAGAAGUGGAUUAUCCAAUCCCAGAUUUUAAUUUUUGCAUUAUACCAAAUGAUAUAUCGAUGCCUUUACAUCUUGUGCUUUAUCGCCAUUUGCCGGAUUAUAUCUAUGUCCUUUACGAGAACUCUACCGAUAUAAAUUCGGCAAGUUAUUUUGCAUUACAUGUUACUCCAUUUUCAAAAUUUGGAAAUAUGGUUCUACACACAAACGAGGAAAACGGCUUUCUUUUUUACAAUCCUUUAACUGAAACGGAUACGGAAUGGAUUUACUUUAACAAUUCUGAUUCGAAUGGAAAUUUCCUACCAAUAAAUAAUGGUCGUUUUGAUCAAGAAAUAUCAGAUAUUUUUCCCACAAUAGAUGGAAAUUUUGGAAUAGUAACUAGAAUUCAUAAAAAUACUUCAAAUAGCCCUCAUGGACUAAUUGAUCCAACCGAACUAACUUUUGAGUUAUAUAUAACCUUCGUUGGACCAAAUAAAAAUGCUGAUGGCCCAUAUUUACUUUACCAAACUUCAAUACCGAAUUUACAAAUUCAAUCUAGUUGUAAUGUUGCUUAUACAACUAAGGGCUAUUUUUGCAUUCUGAAUAUGAAAGACGAACAGCAUGAAGAUCCUAAAUAUCAUGUGAUUAAAAUUAUAUUUCAAAAUUCAGGUUCGGUUGUCGAUGUUGAAACAUUUUCAGAUAUUGAAUUAUAUAGAAAUUUAGAUGAAAAUGAAUUUGUGAUGUUUAAUAAUGUAUAUCAUGGAGGAGGUUUUCGAAAUAACACAUUUGUCAUUGUUCACCAAGAAGAUAAUUAUACUUGGAAAAUUUACUCUGCAGAUAUUCCAAAGUUCACAUCUAAUGUUAAUAAUAGCGAUUCUACAUUGCGACAAACCGUUCCAGGCAACUCUCUAUCAUUUACAUAUAGUGCUGACAAUAGAACAAUAAAUAUAAGUAUUUUAGAAAGUACAUUUAAUCAACCAAAUGCAAAGUAUUGCAUUGUAAUUGAAGAUAAUGUUGUUAACGAUUUGGAAACAAAUCAACCUAUAAUAGGAAUUGGAAGUAAUAUUUGGGAGUUUAAUACUGUCGACAAUCAAGAUAUUUUUGCGGAGGAUGUGACUGGUCGAUUUUCUUUAACGACCGAAGGAACAAAAUAUUUUAAAAGUCUUUCAUCAUAUAACCAAACAAGAUUUUUAUUAAAUUUAAGAGUUUAUUUGGCAAAAUCAAUACCUUUGGAGAUUAAUAGAUUACAUGCUAUUAAGUAUGAAUCUGAUGAAAAUCAACGAAUAUUUCUAUCAUUAUCUAUAAAAUCAACAUCAAAUUUAAAUGAAAGAAAUGUCGAUCAUAUCAUAAAAGAUUUAGAUCUCUUGAUUCAAUAUAAAGAAGUUACGCCUAUAUCUUUAUUCGAAACAACAAAUUUUAUAGAUGCAAGUUUUGGCUUUCAACGUACUAGGAAUUUCUUUGAUGAUGUUAAAUUUCAUUUAAUUGGUAUUGUUAUUGGAUUAUGGAUUAAGGCCGGAACUUUAGUCAAUUCUGUUAGAAAUAAUGGAAAAAAGGUUCCUCAAUUAUUUAUUCCAAGUAUAAUGUUCGUUGUGGUGCCAGUGGCAAUAAAUUCCACCUUAAGUAUGAUUAUAAUGCUUCAAGAAAUUACACAAAAUAAAAUUUUUUAUGAAUGGUUUAGAAAUAAUAUCAAUACAGCAGUUUUAUUCACAAUAUUAGCUGGUGCGGAUCUUGAAUUAAUAAAUAUACUUUCUUCUGAAGUUGCUGGAAUAAUGUUAUUUAGUGCUCCUAUCGAAAAAAGAACACAAUCUUAUAUAUUUUGGGGAAGUCUUUUAGGAUUUUUAAUUGAGGAUAUUCCUCAAUUUAUAAUACAAUUCUUUAGUUUUGAUUAA